AUGUCUCUGGAAGAGUUACACCAAAUGGAGGAGGACCUUCUGCAAGGCAUCUGGAUGUUGAGCCUAGAAAACGACGUGUACGAGCGAUACUUGACUCGCUGUGAUCCUCAGAGUCUCAGAACCAUAAAGAGCAUCCUGGAGAGAGCAAAAGUCACGCGGAGACUCACCGCGCACUUCAUCCCGAGGUCAUCUCGUAUGAGCUUCCGGGAGAGUAUAGCAAGUCUGCACGACUUUGCCAGGCACAGCAUUGCCACCACACCCAGCAUGACCAGUAUCCGGUCUGCCAGCCGGUUUAAAACGCCGAGUCUUCAAACAGUGGGAACCAUGACCGAAACAGUAAAGAUCUCGAUGGCGCAUCGUAUAACAAUGGCGAAGAAGGAAGUGGUCGAAAUGAGGCGAAAAUUAGAACAGUUCAAGCUCUUCGCGAAAAGGAAGAAGGCGCAUAUGAGGGCGGAGAUAGAGGAAAUCGAAGUUCGAAUCAAUGAGGCGCACGAGGCGAGCGAGGAUUUCCAGGAGGAAGUGGUUGUCAAAGGCGUGGACUCCAUCACAGGGAAGAUCCCUGCCGAACGAGUGAUCAGAUUCGUGGAGGAAUGGCUGAGAUCGGCGAACGCGAUACUGGAGAGGCUGAGAUUGAAGAGUGCCACGGCGAGGAUGCAGAUCAGAAAGGCUAGACAGCAGCUUAUCCAGAGGAAGGAGCUAGGCGAGACACUGCACGCCAUUGACUUCGAGAAAUUGAACAUCGAGAAUCAGGAUAACGCGAAGAUGCUCGAGGAGAAGAACCUGUACGUGAUCGACAUGAAGAGGAUCGCAGGGUACUAUCACUUGAAACUCACGCAACACAAGCAGAAACUGAACGACCUGAAGCUGAAACUGAACGAGGUGAAACAGGAUAUUUUGUCGAAGCAGAAACAGAUGGAAGAGUUGGAGAAUGAGCACGAAGUUGUCGAGGUUAAAGUAAAACGCAUGAACUCUCAGUUGAAGAAUUUACUGCAUUUCAUGGAGAAUCAUACCGCCCCGGAGAUUUUAGAAUUCGUCGAGAUACAGGAACAGUACAUAGGUUUGGAGAGGACUUACAAAUUACUGCAGAGACGAAGGAAUAUCGAGAGAAUAAUAUUCGAGGAGUACCAGAAACAGACUCAGAUUAGGAAGAAGUCUGGUGCUAGCGAGGACAAAAAGAAACAGUGA